AUGGUACGUGGAACCUUUCCAGUAAUGGCCGUCAUUUUGGUCUGUGGCCUAGUCCAUUCGGCAAUGGCAGGUGUUGCCGUCACUCAGUCGUCAAGAAGACCCACUAAAACAAAGCCAACAACAACCACAAGUCGUUCUGUUGACAAAACUACUCAAAAAUAUUAUCACCCGGCUGAGGUAAAAGAACCCCGCGUAAUUGAACAAAUGGAUCAACGUUAUUUGGAUGGAAAUUAUGAAUACAAGUAUGUACUUAGCAAUGGUGUAUCUCGUCACGAAAAAUCCUUUUGGGUUCCAGUGGGUAAAUCAAAAGUUAUGGGUCGCAAGGGUUACUACUCUCACCCUCUAAGUAAUGGAAAAUAUCUGACAGUAUUUUAUUCAUCAGAUGACAAGGGAUAUCAUCAAGAUUCAUCUACCUAUUCGGAUAGGGCCCCUGUGCUGCCACGUAGUUUAAAUGUACCGCAUUACGAUUUACCCAUAGAGACCACAACCGUUCCUGUUGCCGUCGUCACCAAACAGAAACAAAAAACCAAGCGACCCACACGUAAACCACAGGCUUUCUAACAUCA